AUGGAGCACAUAGUCCGGUCUGCAAUAAAAGCUACCAAUUUUCGAACAAUUGGUCGGCUCGCGUUCAAUGGCGCUAGCACGUUCUGCGCCUGCGCGCUGAUCUGGGAGCACCUGAUAACCAUCCAGCUCAGCGAGGGUCCGUCGAUGUACCCUACCUUCGAUGUGCGAGGUGACUGGCUCCUAAUAUCGCGCAUGCACCGCAAUGGCAAAGGAAUUGAGGUCGGAGAUGUCGUGCGAUAUGGUCACCCGAACUUUCAAGGCGUGCAUGUGGCCAAGCGGGUAGUGGGAAUGCCUGGGGAUUUUGUCUGCCAAGAUAAGCCGCUUAGCACGAGUAUUGGCGAGGAGGGAAAUAUGAUCCAGAUCCCCGAAGGUCAUGUCUUUCUGGCUGGCGACAAUCUUCCCUGGUCUAGGGAUUCGAGGAAUUACGGUCCAGUCCCCAUGGGUCUCAUUAAUGGGAAGAUAGUUGCUAGGGUAUGGCCUCUGUCGAAGAUGGGGUGGGUGACCAAUCCGUUGCAACCGGCGCAACUGGACGCCCAGAACAUUUGA